AUGUUUAGAAAAACAUGGUGGACUCUGACUGGGCACUAUGGCAAUAUUUACCCCAUUGACUGGACCAAAUCAGGAAUGGUGGGGGGUGGUGGGGACACGAAAUUGUUCGGUGGGGGAAUCGGAGAGGGCGAAUCUUAUUCCCAAGCUUGUAUUGACUCGGGCGUUGUGGACGACCAUCGUAGCGACGACAACAACACUGCAGAUGGAUGGAAGGUGCAGGAUGAUGACGUGGACGAUGACGCGGAAGAUGACGACGCCAUGCUGUUGGACGACCACGUGAUCAGCGCCGAUGACGUCAUCAAUGAGUUGGAUGAGCUAUUAGAUGACGCAAACAAUAGCAACACUCAGCGUUCUUUGAGGAGUUUACACGGAAAGUUACACAAUCGUAAAAACUUUGUGUCAAGAAUUCUGGCUACUGACCACCUGAGGUUGACCAAAAAGUUUCCCAACAAUAGUGUCAAGGAUAGGGAGGCUAAUAUCGCCGAUAAUCCAGAGCUCUUGAAAUUGCCCCUGGAAACCUUGCUACGUAUGCGCGACGAGAUGAACCGAAGCAUUCUCGACCAUUCGGAGGUCCUGAUUCGCGAGCUGGACAUCAGGGACGAGCUGGAGUACGAGAAGGAGUUGAAGAACCAGUUCAUCUGGCUGUUGAUCACCGUGCAGAAGAGGCGUAAGGAGCUGAUGUCGUCGCUACAGCUGCAGCAGCAGCAACAACAACAGCUACAGCCACAACAACAACAACUAUCGCAUAAUAACAACACCAAUAAUAAUAACAAUAAUAAUAAUUGCAUCGUCGUUGAUAAUAAUAGCACUACUAAUUUUAACGUUAAUUACAAUAAUAACAACAAUAAUAAUAAUAGCCAUCAACUGAUUGAUGACAAUAACAAUAACAAGAGUAACGUUAAUAACAUCAACAACAACAACAACACUGUUACUUCUACACCAGCCAACAACAACAACAGCAACAAUAACAAUACCACUAAACUCAUAAACACUUCCAACACCACCACCACUACUACUACUACUGGUGUCAAGCAACCAGCUUAUCUGACCACCGUCAUUCCGUAUAAGAAGCAGCAGGCCCCUCUCUCUAUCGAUAUUCUGCUUGUUUUUAUCAGAAUAUUGUCGGCUAUCAACGACAACAGUCCCACAACGCCAUCACUACUCACUGAUUACAUACUCAAAAUUCUUUGUCCUGCAGCCUAAUGAUUGAUUGCUUGAGCCAGACAACAACAACAACAGCAUGAAUAUCAUCAACAACAUUAGCAACAAUAACAUCAACAACAACAACUACUACAACAUCAGUAGCAAUAACAACAACAUCAUCAGCAACAACAUCAACAAUAAUAUCAACAACAACAAUAACAUCAACAACUAUAACAUCAACUACUAUAACAUCAACAACAAUGAUAUUGACAUGAAAAAAAUAGCCAAAGAAACACCAA